AUGUCGUCCGAUCGCCCGCUCACCGACGCCGCCUCUCCGCACCCGCCGGCGUCGCAGCUCCCGCCGCCGCAGCCGGAGCCUCCCGUCCGGCCCGACCCCCUGGGCUUCUCCGUCGAGGCCCCGGACCCCUUCCGCGGCCGCGACCAGCCCGACCCGACCGCCUCGCAGCCGGAGCUGCUCCAGCAGGAGGACGCCGCCGAGUCCCGCGCCGUCGUCGUGGGGGAGCCCUCGGCGGAGUUCGCGGGCAACGCCAUCCGGACGGCCAAGUACUCGGCGCUCACCUUCCUGCCGCGCAACCUGUUCGAGCAGUUCCGCCGCCUCUCCUACCUCUACUUCCUCGCCAUCACCGUCCUCAACCAGCUGCCCCAGGUGGCCGUCUUCGGCCGCGGCGCCUCCGCGCUCCCGCUCGCCUUCGUGCUCCUCGUCACCGCCGUCAAGGACGCCUACGAGGACCUCCGCCGCCACCGCUCCGACCGCGCCGAGAACAACCGCCUCGCCGCCGUCCUCGCCGCCGCCGAGUUCGCGCCCAGGAAAUGGAAGCGCCUGCGCGUCGGGGACGUCGUGCGCGUCGCCUCCAGCGAGACGCUCCCCGCCGACAUCGUGCUGCUCGCCACCAGCGACCCCACCGGCGUCGCGCACGUCCAGACCGUCAACCUCGACGGGGAGACCAACCUCAAGACCAGGUACGCCAGGCAGGAGACGCACCUCAAAUUCUCCCGCCACGGCGGCGUGGGCGGCGUCCUGCAUUGCGAGCGGCCCAACAGGAACAUCUACGGCUUCCAGGCCAACUUAGAAAUCGAUGGCAAGCGUGUCUCUCUCGGACCCUCCAACAUCGUGCUCCGUGGCUGUGAGCUCAAGAACACCGCCUGGGCGAUAGGGGUCGUGGUUUAUGCCGGCAAGGAUACCAAGGUCAUGCUCAAUAACUCUGGGCCGCCAUCCAAGCGGAGCCGCCUGGAGACUCAGCUGAAUCGGGAGACAGUCAUACUGUCCAUUAUGCUCAUUGGGAUGUGCACCACAGCAUCUGUUCUUGCGGGGAUUUGGGUGCUGAAUCACCGGGGGGAGCUGGAGUUCACCCAGUUCUUCAGGGAGAAGGAUUACACAACUGGGAAGAACUACAAUUACUAUGGCAUCGGAAUGCAGAUAUUCAUCACGUUCCUCAUGGCUGUCAUAGUGUAUCAGGUCAUCAUUCCUAUCUCACUGUAUAUAUCCAUGGAAAUGGUACGGCUUGGGCAAGCUUAUUUCAUGGGCGCCGACUUGGAUUUGUAUGACAAAUAUUCAAGCUCCAAGUUCCACUGCAGGGCUCUGAAUAUAAAUGAGGAUCUGGGGCAGAUUAAGUAUGUCUUCUCUGAUAAGACAGGGACCCUGACACAGAACAAGAUGGAGUUCCAGUGCGCAUCGGUUCACGGUGUUGACUACAGCUCUGCAAAAGAUACAUCUGGAUACUCACUUGUAGUCGAUGAUCUUCUGUUGACACCAAAAAUGGCAGUUAGGACUGAUCCUCAGCUUCUCAAGAUGUUGAGGAAUGGCGGCUCAAAUGAGGAAGCAAAGCUUGUGCUUGACUUCUUCCUUGCUCUUGCUGCCUGUAAUACCAUUGUGCCACUUGUCCUGGACACUAAAGACCCUAGGCAAAAGUUGAUUGAUUAUCAGGGCGAGUCCCCUGAUGAGCAGGCUCUAGCUUAUGCUGCAGCAUCCUAUGGCAUCGUGCUUGUUGAGCGAACAUCUGGUUAUGUGAUGAUCGAUGUCCUUGGUGAUAGACAAAGAUUUGAUAUAUUAGGACUUCAUGAGUUUGAUAGCGAUCGUAAGCGAAUGUCUGUCAUUAUCGGCUGCCCUGACAAGACUGUUAAGCUAUAUGUCAAAGGCGCAGACAGUUCAAUGUUUGGAAUUACCAACAAAGAGUUAGACAAUGUUCUUGCUACAGAGGCUCAUCUCCACAAAUAUUCAUCACUUGGCCUAAGAACUCUUGUUGUUGGUAUGCGUGAAUUGAGUCAGCCUGAAUUUGAGGAUUGGCAGUCAGCAUAUGAGAAUGCUAGCACAUCAGUACUUGGCAGGGGAAAUUUACUCCGAUCAGUUGCAACCAAUAUAGAGUGCAAUAUUCACAUACUGGGGGCCACUGGGAUUGAAGACAAGCUUCAAGAUGGGGUACCAGAAGCGAUAGAAUCUCUUCGGCAAGCAGGCAUGAAGGUUUGGAUUUUAACAGGGGAUAAGCUGGAGACAGCAAUUUCUAUUGGCUACUCUUGUAAGCUACUGACAAAUGACAUGACACAAAUUGUGAUAAAUAACAGUUCUAAGGAGUCUUGCAAGAAAAGUCUCGAGGAAGCACUUGCAACGACUAAGGAGCUAAGGGUUGCUUCUUCAGUUGGCACACUGAAUCCAGAAUCUUCUGGUGUAAUUCUUGCUUUGAUUGUAGAUGGUAACAGCCUUGUUUACAUACUCGAGACUGAGUUGCAAGAAGAGCUUUUCAAAGUAGCCACAGAAUGUAGCGUUGUCUUAUGUUGUCGAGUGGCUCCUCUACAAAAGGCAGGGGUAGUUGCACUUAUAAAAAACAGGACGGAUGAUAUGACCUUAGCAAUUGGUGAUGGAGCAAACGAUGUUUCAAUGAUUCAAAUGGCUGAUGUUGGGGUUGGCAUCAGUGGCCAAGAAGGAGGACAAGCUGUUAUGGCAUCAGAUUUUUCUAUGAGACAAUUCAGAUUCUUGGUUCCUCUUCUAUUAGUUCAUGGUCACUGGAAUUAUCAAAGAAUGGGUUACAUGAUCCUUUACAACUUUUACAAGAAUGCCACAUUUGUUUUAGUUCUUUUCUGGUAUGUGUUGUAUACAUCUUUCACUUUGACAACUGCUAUCACUGAAUGGAGUAGCCUCUUGUAUACUGUGCUUUAUACAUCCCUUCCGACAAUCGCUGUUGGCAUUCUUGACAAGGAUCUUAGUAAGUCAACACUGCUAGCUUACCCAAAGCUAUAUGGAACUGGCCAAAGGAAUGAGAAGUAUAAUGUGAAUUUGUUUGUCAUCAAUAUGCUUGAAGCACUUUGGCAGAGUUUGGUUGUUUUCUACAUACCGUAUUUUGCAUAUAGACAAAGUACAAUAGAUAUCUCUAGUCUCGGAGAUUUGUGGGCACUUGCAUCUGUCAUCAUUGUAAAUAUGCAAUUGGCCAUGGACAUCAUUUGGUGGAAUUGGAUUAUACAUGCGUUUGUAUGGGGAACGAUUGCAGCAACUGCCAUUUGCCUCUUUGUGAUAGAUUCAAUAUGGGUUCUUCCUGGUUAUGGGGCCAUCUUUCAUGUGAUGGGGACAGGUUUGUUUUGGUUACUGCUGCUUAUCAUUAUUGUUGCAGCAAUGGUCCCACAUUUUGUAAUCAAGGCUUUCAUGGAGCACUUUAAUCCGAGUGAUAUUCAAAUUGCUCGAGAGAUGGAGAAGUUUGGGGCUUUAAAUCAGGUGAACCGUGCGGAAAUUCCAAUGAGAACGGUUACAUGACCCUAGAAGGGCAGUUGUAUAGUGUUUUUCUUCUUUUCAUUUUUUAUUCUCUUGCUCCUUUCGCCCUAGAAGGUCAUUCAUUUAUUAACUGUAAGGUGAUAGUUUUGCCUCUUGAGAUGUAUGUAAGUAUGUGUGUAUCAUGUAUGUAUCCCAUCUAACUUCCUCUAUUCCUAAAUAUAAGACGUUUUGGCAGUUCAAUUUGAGCUGCCAAAACAUGUUAUAUUAAGGAACGGAGGGAGUAACAUUUACCAGAAAAGAAAUAGAAAUUGUUGACAUA